CCAUCGCCAAGAGGAAUCGAGAGGAAAGGAGGCGUCGUCGUCCGAGCUCACAAUCAGCAGACUCAGUUCUUGCUCCUGACACCCGCUACUGCCUGCAGUAUAUCUUUGCGUCACCUCCCUUCAGCAUCAUAACCAAUCUCGAAGCACGACCGGCACCUCCUUCCCCCUCCGGAGCUUUAUCUAGCGUCUUCAGCCCACUCCACCCUCCACCCACGCCUUAUCGGGCAUGUCCUUCUCGUGGAAGGGCUUCCUGGGCGUUGGCUCCUCUUCGUCCUCUUCCUCUACUGCGAACAACGCGUCCACCAGCUCUGCGCCAAACGGACAAGCUGCCAAUGCGUCGACGUGGGGAGCAGAUGAUUUAGAGGAUGACGUACCGCUGUGGGGUCUAGAGAACUUCGGGAACACUUGCUACGCCAACUCGAUUGUUCAGGCUCUCUACUUCUGCCGACCGCUUCGCGAUGCCAUCCUCAGCGCAGCGAUAGAGUCUCAACCCUCGGCUGAUCGCAAAGCAGCGUCCCCUCCAGCUCGACCGAGCACCGCAAGCGUUGUCAGACCAGCGGGCCCGUCAAGAGCAUCGACUGGGCUUGCAAAGAGCAGGCCGAGCAGCUCAGAUGGCAGAAGAGGGUCAAAUCCAGCAUCGCCCACCCUAUCCUCGGCGAAGCAGCAGCCGCCGGCCGAGCCCGACUCUGUUUAUAUCACACUGCAGAAGCUCUUUGCCUCCAUCAGCAAAGCCUCGGACGACCAUGUAGCAGCUGCGAGCGAAGAAGCUGCGGCCGCAGCGGCCGCAUCCUCAGGAACGUUCUCCAAGCCAUCAGCUCUGGCCCGCGGAUCAAAAGCGGCGAAGGCAUCGAAAGCGAAAGCUCCAGCUCGUCCAACAACGGCCGCUUCCACCAACACUAUCACCCCCGUGCAAGCUGGCAAAAAGAAGGACAUGGGUAUCAGCGCAGGCCCCGUAGACGCGAUAGUAGUCAAGAGCUUCCUCGCCGCCAUUCGCAGGCAGAACACUCUUUUUGAUACCAAUGCCCACCAAGAUGCGCACGAGUUUCUCAACAUCCUACUCAACUGCUUAGGCGACGAUAUCGAAGAGGCGCAGCGCAAGUCAUCGUCCACAGCCCGAGAUGCUGUGGCGACGUCUUCAAAUGGCUGCGGGAAGACGGUGAUCCAUAAGCUUUUCGAGGGUGUCCUGACCAACGAGACUCGCUGCCUCACCUGCGAAGCCGUCAGUUCGCGAGACGAGUGUUUCCUCGACCUCUCCAUCGACAUAGAGCACAACUCCUCCAUCACCUCCUGCCUCCGCCAAUUCAGCGCGAGCGAGACACUGCGGAGCCGCAACAAAUUCUUUUGCGACACCUGCUCCGGGCUACAAGAGGCCGAGAAGAGAAUGAAGAUUCGUAAGCUGCCCGCGGUGCUUGCACUGCAUAUGAAACGCUUCAAGUACGAGGAGUCGAAGCAGCGCUUCGUAAAGCUGGCAUAUAGAGUGCUGUUCCCCUUUGAGCUACGCCUCUUCAACACAGCGGACGAUGCAGAGGAUCCGGAUCGGCUGUACGAGCUGUUCGGUAUCGUGGUGCACAUAGGGGCCGGGCCACACCAUGGGCAUUAUGUCUCCAUCAUCAAGGUGGGGGCCAAGUGGGCAAUCUUCGACGAUGAGGCUGUCCACAUCAUUGAACAGCUGGACAUCAGCAAGUACUUUGGUGGCACGCCGGGAAUGGGCAGCGCGUACGUGCUGUUCUACCAGGCGGUGGAUCUUGACCGUGAAGCAUUGGGCUUGCCAACGCUCGAGCCCUCAAGGGCGGCGUUGGAGGCAAUGCGGGCUAAAAUGAUGGCACAGGCUGCCUCAGCGCCGCACGCCUACGCCAAUGGCGUUUCGCCGCAGCAGCAUGUCGUUCGAUCUCCCACCGCAAGCGAGCACUCCUCGCCCAAGGGCCUGCACUUGCCCCUGUCCCGCAGCCCAGCAGACAGCGUCUCAUCGUCUGGCCCGGGUGUGGAACAGCAACGAUCCGGAAGCUCAACGACGAGUCGACCCUUGACUGCAAGCCCGCUGCCCACUACCAGUCCAGGUGCAGAUACUCCCAGUGGCGGAGGCGGCUUCUUUUCGCGCUUCCGCAGCGAGAGUACGAGCAUCAACAGCAGCGGUAACAACAACAGCUUGACGCAAGCUCUCGAAAGCAGUCGAGGCGCAGUAGAUGCGGCUGUAGCUGGCAGCGGAGGCGGCAGCGGCAGCAGUGCGGGCGGUGCGAUAGAAGGCGGUAGAGAUAGAAAGGGCAGCCUCAUCCAAUCCUCUGGGCCUCCAGGCAGCAGCGGCGGUGGCGGCUGGCGCAGCCCAUUCCGUUCUAGGCAGACGAAGCGUUCAGGCAGUGUCUCUGAGACAGGAUCCGCCUUGGUUGGUCAAGCUCCUGGAGCGAACCCCUCCGCUUCUUCCUCGACCAAUUGGCUAGGCAAGAUGUCCGACUCAAUGCACUCGGCGGACAGUCGGCAGCAGCAUGCCAGUACCGCAAGACUGGCCAGUCCGACGAGGUCGAAGACGGAGCAUGACAUUGACAACGACGAGACGGGCUCGGCGUCAACCCACGGGUCUUCUGCCAUUAGUCGGGGUGGCGUCAGGACGAGCACAGCCGCGGGCAAGAUUACAAGAUCUGAGAGAUCGCCUUCCAGGCUGGGGCCGGGCUCCGCUGGAGCAGCAAUGACGCCAGGUGCUUCGCCUCCAAUGCCUGGUCCCUCGCCCGGGCAGAGCAAUGGGCUUCUGUCAGCUGCGGCCGCAGCGCAGCCAGCAGCGACUUGUAUGUCGCCCUCCUCCUCUCAGCAGCACAACUCGCCGUCAAAUGGGGACGGGUCUGACCAAGCAGCAGCGACGGCAGCGACAGCGCCCUCACCGCCCAAGACCUCGGCACCGCAACCAGCACCAUCAAUGCAGUCUCCCUCAUCUCCGAGUCAUCUCGCCACCUCACCUCCAGCAUCUGCCGCACCGCCGCCGACCACGACCGCCAGCCAAGAAGGCGCGACGCCCGAGACGUCGAACGUUGCGGCCGUCGAGAACGCGACACACCUUCCGCCGUCCCCAACCUCACAAGCCUAUGUCCAAACAGGCGCCUUCGCCCCGGUCCUCGACCGCCCGUUGACAAAGAAGGAGCAACAGCGUAUCGCGAAGGAGAGUCGAAGGAUCAGCGCGACUUCCGGCUUCCCUGGCGCGGGUUUCGAUGCGUCGGCAGGCGCAGGUGCAGCUCCAGCGGGAAUGGUGUCGAGCAUCUCCACCAAGGCUGCGGAUGGAAGGAUGGGCCUGGGCAAGGGCCUCCCCCCGCCGUCAGGAGAGUCGCCGGUCAAGCAGCCUUCAGGUCAGACGCCAAAGAGACGAAGCACAUUGAGUCGAGCACUUGGGUUUGGAAAGAACAAGGGCUGAGGGCGAAGAGGAAAGGAAGGUUGCUCGCAAUUACCUCAACUACCUCGUCUUGUUGUUCUUCAACUCGCGCU